AUAAUUCAGUGUGUCGAUUUCUUCAACUAGACCAUGGUUUUGACUUGAUUUAAUCAAUUUUAAGAGAUUGGGUGCUGAUAGACAAUAGCACUAUAAAGUAAAGAUCGUUUGUCCAAAACCUUCAUCACAAAUCAAGCACUCGACCAGAACGCAUAAAAAUGUUAGCAAGACGACUGAUAUUGGCUGCUGCUGUACUGAUUGCCGGAGUGACUUGUAUUCCGGUGAAGAGAUUUUGGUUGGACGACAUACAAUGUGAGGAGAAGAUCAACUGUACCGGCCAGGACUUAAAACCCGUCUGCUGUACAGACGCGCAGACGUACGGCAACGAAUGCGAGAUGAAAUUGGAGAACCAGAAAAAAUACUGCAAGAUUGGGGAUUUCAACCCGAUAGCGGUCGUACAUCCUGGACCCUGCAAGAACGCAAGCCAUGAUGGAAACCAUGUCAACCGAUUUAUUCGGGCGCUUUUUGGCUAAGCAAUACAAAAAUACUAAAACAAACUGUUGCCGGAAAUGAGAUUAAUAUUUACAAUGCUCAAACAUUGACAGAAAAAUAUGACCACGAACAGUGUUGUUCUGUGCAAAGUGUCCGUCCGUAUGCCAGCUCAAAUCAGAACUGAUUUAGACGAACUUAUCGUUUCGUGCCUACAGUGAAGCACAAACAGAUCACUCGAGGCUGGUCGCGUACACGUUUGCAGCCGUGUGGACACGUGACAAGGAAUUUAUUUUCCGCUUCGUUUGACAAACACCAUAUGCUAUAAUGAGAUGCUUUUAAUGUUUAUAACUUUUAAUUGAAAUUCGUGCUUAUGUAUUAUGAUUGUAAGUAUUUUGUUUUCAAGUUAUGAUUUGAUAGCAACAUGCGAUAAUACGGUAUUUCACUUAUGUGAUUUGAACAUGAUUGAAACUGAUAUGUAAUACUGAUUGAUACCAUGUAUAUACUUUCUGAAUGUUCGUGUAUUUUAAACUAAUGAUUGAAUCUCUUGUUUAUGUUCAUAUAUGAUGUGUUAUUAUUAAAAUGUUUAAAAGUA